AUGGGCCUACUCAAGAGACCGUCACUGACUUCUCUCGUCCUUCGCAAGUCCCAAGGGAGUACAUCCGAGCUGUUCGGAUUGUCCGUGCCUUCACAGCAGAUUUCAACAUCGUCACAUGACAUAGCAGUCAAUUCUGCGACUCCUGCUCCACACACUCCGCCAAGCUACGUCGGUGGUCGUGCAGUCAAUGAGGGCACAGCGUCAGCAGACUCCGGCCCGAACCUCGACGAGCACUUCGCGUCGCCGCCCACUUCGAUCCUCCGCACCAGCACAAACUUUGCUAGUCCAGUCUUUGUUCCAAAGAGCUUCAGCCUACCGAUCAAUCUCAGCUCUCUCGCACAGCUGAACGACGAUGGAGAGCCCUUUUCUGGGCCAGGUGAGUCGGAUCAAGCCACGCCUCGGCUCGAGGCUGCUACGCCAAAGAUCACACUUGAGCCCGACGCUCACGACGUUUCUCAAUCAGGUGAUGUCGCCACGUCUGGGUGCAAUGCUGCCGAGCAUCAGAUCACGGAUACGCUGCCGGUUGGCCAGCGGGUUGGAUUGGGUUUGCUGCUGCCGCCCCAUAUUGCUCAUCGUAUCCAAGGCGGUUCUCUGUCGCCUGCACCGUCGAUUCUCCCUGGUCGCAUCUCGGCUUCUUCGGAUGACGUCGAAGACCACGAAACUACUGUCACUGGCGAUCCGACGAGCCACAUCCGCUGGUUGGCCAAUCUCGCUGCAACUCGAGCCUCACCGACAGGCGAAGUACAUCUGUCCGGACAGCAGGCCCAGAACACGACCUCACUCCUUGACGAUGGCGCGGGCGCAUCUGUCACGCGCUCACUCUCUGUCGGCGGCUCACUCUCGACGCACCAGACGUCUGCGGAUCUAGAGCAGCUCGUUGACUUUGAACCUGCCAAGAUUGCUAUCCUUCAUGCAAGACGUUCGCCGGAAAUCCACUCUCUGCAGGCCAGUCAUCACGGCAGCACCACUUCGCUCUCGAGUCACGGCACUUCUACGUCUUACGAGUUCUUCCGCACGCACCAGACGCAGGACAACGAUCACGACGCACUCGUUCGCUACGAGGCCACACGCAGCGAUGACCCCGGAUGCACACUCAUCGGUGGCCGUCUCAUCAAUAUUGAUGGCAAGCCGAAAUGCCCACGAUCACCUCCCGCCUCAACGUCACCGGGGCCUCACGCACCGGACGACGUUAACACUCAAGGUCACGUCGCUCGUGCCUCAGACAGCUCGUUUGCCGCCGGACAAGCCCGAGCCGUCUAUCAUCUGGAUACCUCGUUGCUUGCUUCACCUUUCAAUCCACCUCGCUUUGGUCGUGGCGAGGUCAGCCAGGCGGCCAAAGAGAUGCCAGUGCGCGCAUGGCGCGACGAGCGGCCAGUCACGAAGGAGGAAUGGACUGCUGAGCGUACGUUCCAAGAGCGUCGUCUCGAGUCCGAACGCGUAGCCCGCGCUCAGCGCAUCACGAGGCUCACUUCUCCACCUACGCAUCGUCGCAACGCUACAGGUGGCUCUGACGCGCAUCGACUGCUCGGCAGCUCAGGUGCAGGUCAAUCACUCGAUGCUCACAGAGGACCAGAACCUGCAUUGGCCGUUCAGGACAAUGCUACCUUGCAUAGCGCCACCGUAGCCAAUCCUCAUCUCACUCGUUCGGCAUCGAUGUUCGCCAGAUCAAUCAACCUCACGCGCAAGGCUGCCAAGCGACUCAGCCUGACUGCAUCGCCUGAUCGAAUCCUGUGA